AUGUCCCCGUCGCAUCGUGAAAAUCUCGAGUACAAACAUGUUUCAUGCAUUUCCUAUUUUCCCGACGGCAUGCAAAUGAUCAGCAGAUCGGACGAUAAGACCAUUCGGCAAUGGGAUCUGCGGGAGGGCAAGGAGAUUGAGGAGGCUCGGGAGGUUUGCGAGAAUCGUAUAAAUGCAGUGGGGGUAUCAAGGGAUGGUCGAUGGGUUGUCACUGCUGGUAGGGAACUCAAAGUCAGUGAGGUUGAGACGAAGAUCGUGAGAACAUUUCGUAAAGGCUAUUGGAUCAGAUGUAUCGAUAUCUCCUCGGACAGCACGCUGCUAGCGGGUGGGUCGAUCGAUUCUGUGCAGAUAUGGAGCUUGGAAACUGGCGAACUCGUGGCUGGUCCAUUCAAACCAAGUGGUAAUUUCGUGGACACACUUCGACUCUCGGAAGACUCUCGGAAGCUGGCGGCGAUGUCAAAUUGGGGGCGGUGUCUUCAGGUGUGGGAUGUCCAAGCACAGAAAUUGGAUAUCACCGUACAAAAUUCCAUUCCAAACAAGGUGGUGGCAUUACCGGUCUUCUGGACAACAAAUGGCAAAUCCAUCGUAGCCUCAUUCAGCUUCAUUCAAGUUGCAGAUGAGUGUCCCAGGAUGAUCUAUGAGUUUGACGCGUCGACGCUCAGGACUGUCGGAGCUCCUUUCAAAGGGCACACUGAUACCAUCACCGGUCUAGCACUCUCCUCUGAUUGCGUUCUUCUUAUCAGCUCUUCAUACGAUAACACCAUCAAGCUGUGGGCCUUCGAGUCCCGUCAGUUCCUCUCUUCAUUCGACGUCGAAUGUCCCCUCACCCUCGUUCUCUCGCCCGAUUCACGCCAACUGGCUUACACGUCUUGGGAUGACACCAAUAUCUAUAUAUGCAACAUUCCAGCCAACAUCCUUGCUAGCAUCGGGCUUGCAGAAGACCCGCAGCCUGGUACCAGCAAACCUGAAGGUUUGCGCUGUGCUGACAUACUCAACUCCGAUGUAACGCGUCAUCCCGUGUGCCGUAAAUCGGUGAUAACACCUGCCAUGUCUCUCAACCCUUGCCCCCCAAGACCUCUGCCUACAAGCGACCAACAUGCUUUCCUUCGUUUUCUACGCAAGCUUCUCUCCUCCUCUCCUGGUAUUGACGCGAUUCGCACCAAUGAGCCUCGUAACCCCCUGGAUUUCCCUGCCACAUCGCCCCUACCUCGUCCACUUAUAAAACCAGACGAGAACUCUCGACCACCCAUCACUCAAUCCUCCGUCGUUAAUACUUCCCCAACCCUCAAAUCCAGCUUACAUCGACUAUUAACUUGGUGGCCCUUCCAGACAAAGCAUGCAUCGCCUGCUAUCAAUGUUGUUGAUGUUCCUCUCGCUCCGGGUAAAUUGCGGUACGCUACAGCGGGUGCUCCCGGCCCUGAUGAUGACCUGAUACGCGACGAAGACUAUGUUUCUCCUCCCUCCUUCGCCGAAUCCCGAUUCACGACAACCAUCUACGGCAAAGGUGGCCUAUGCCGGAGAGCAUGGAAGUGGCCGGUUUUGUUUCUGCUUGUAGAGUGA